AAGCAACACAAGCAACAAGCAACGACGAGCACGGCUUGCAACGACGCAGUGACGCUCCACUGAGCAGCGCAGAACGCACACGACUGACCUCGAGGGCGACGACAAGCAUGCGAAGGCAGCGGCAGAGGGCAAGGCGGGCAGGCAGGCAGGCGGCUGCCUACUCGCUCUCACGCUCGAUGUCAAUGACCUUCCAUCCUUGCUUCCCACCAUUGAUACCUUUGCACAUCGUCGUAUCUGCUGCUCCCUGUCUUAUUGCUCACAUCGCCCGCAUUGCACACUCCUUCCGGCAUCCAAACCAGGCUACUUCAUUCCCUCCACGCUAUGCCCAACUUUGCUCAGCGGAUACGAGGUCGGCGUGCCACUGAUGGCCAAGAAAGGCCUCAAAGCUGCUUGACCGUCGCUACUACUCGUCCUGGCCGGGCCGCCACGACCUCCGACUCCGAUCCCUCAGCUCCGGCAGCUGCUCAUAUGGAUGGCGCUGGCUUUCACGUACCACCAACAUCAAUAGGGCAGGCGCAGGCAGGCCCUGCUAUCUCGCCAUCUACAACGACUUCCUGCAGUCGUCUUCGCCGUCUCUCUAGCUUCUCUACCUGGCUCCGACCUGACGCUCGACGCAAGUCCAGCGCUGAACUCACGGAAUGGUCGGACGAUGCCUUGCACAAGGACCCCAAGCACAUUCACCUGGAGGUCAACAAGGCUGUUCACGACGACGGAAUCUACCGCCCGGGCGACACCAUAACCGGCACCGUUCGUGUUGUAUCGCAGAGCAGGGAUCAUUGGAAGCUGGGUAUGGUGGACGUUCGGCUCCUUGGCCAUUACAAGAGGCACUUUUGCAACCUCAGACCGCAGAGUCAGGACGUCGUCAGGGAGGAUACGUCGUACGAAGCCUACACUCUCCAUAACGGCAUCGACUUCCUGAGACACCGAGGCAUUUGCUUCAAGAGUCAGUGCGCCAGCCUGGAGCAAAUCGACUGGUCAGAGUCACUAGACCCGCCGGGCACUGCCUGGCAGGAGACGUUCCCAUUCACUACUCAGAUCCCCUCCUCUGUCACAAAGUACGCCUUUACCCGCAGGGCCCGACAAAGGAACAUGGACAGUACCCGCAGGCAAGGAGGGGAGGAUGUGCCCCUCGACCUACCUCCAACGAUCACGACGCAAGAGAUGCCAGCAGCAUCGUCUUCGGGCUUGCUCAAAUAUGCGGCAAAUAUGCACUCCCCUUUUCGCACGCCGAGAGAGGCUACCAUCUGCUACGAGAUUCGGGCUACCGUCAGAUGGCUGCCGACAAAGGCAAUGCCCUGCGGCAUUCCGAUCUCCCAUAAUGACCAGACAGCCACCUCAAUCAUCGUCGUUCAGCCCAGCGAGCCAGUGCCAGUCUGGCCUCCACCCGCUGCUCCAGAAGGCCCGCCGCCAGUAUUACUCGAGCGUACGUGUAGCUACAACGCCUAUGAAGAUGUGGCUAAUGUCAAGGAGAUCGAUCCUCGUCGGCGACUGCCUCAAGAAUCUCAGCCCUUUCGUCUCCCAUGGGAUGCCAAGACCUUCUGCCUCGCUGCUCCCCCUGUUGUUCGGCGACUUCGACCCACUGCAGCACGCAGAAGAGUAGCAAGAGGCCUGACCAACUUUUACGAUGGGCGGCCGGAAGGCGCUGCCUACAUGUCGCUCACCACCGGGGCCCAUACCAGCUUCACAACGGGCGAGUGGUACCCCUUCAGCUUUGGCAUCAAUCUUCCCCACUUCGCGGGGCUGUUCGUGGACGGCAACCUGCGCAUGAACGUCCUCAAGAGCGUCUCUACCCAGGGUCCGGGAGGAGAGAUAGUCAUCCUUCCUCCCACCCUCAUGGCUUCUCUCGAUUGGGGAAGCGCCGUGAAGCUCAAGCUCAAGCACAGGAAGCCUGGAUCCUUCGCUUUCAGUGAGCGAAGGGCGUUUGAGCACUACUGGGAGGGCAGCUUUGUCAUCGAUCGCUACAUGAAGAAGCAUGAUGCGAAGAAGCAGAACGAGCAGCGGGGAUUCCCCUUCUUCUCCCGCUCCUCGGGAUCCUCUUCGCCAAGCACGAAGUCCGCUUUCUCGCGCUCUACUCCCACUACCUCUCCGUUACGAUGCUCACCAGCAGAAGAAGCUCCAGCAGCGACACCUCAAAGCCCGCAGCAUCGCACUGAACCCACUACCAAGUUCAAAGAUCUGCGUGUCCGCUAUGACUUACUGAUCCAGGUCGACACUCAGAUGCCCAAAAUUCUCCCGCCGCACGCUGAAAGUGGUCUGGCCUACACUCCGUCUGGACUUCUCUUCCGCAUCAACGACUUCGCCAUCGCUAAUCGUGGGAGCCAACAACCGGGCGUGCCGUCCUAUGCGGAUUCUAUUGACCGUGACGGCCUGCCGCCAGGCUACUGGCUCUGGCGUGACCAGGAUCCGCAUCACGAUCCGGAUGCCGUCCCAGCAGCUGCACCUGAUGUUCCUCCACGCAACCGCUCGCCAGGUGAUGAUGCCGAGGGUCCUUCCAACGAGAGUGCUCUUGCCAGCAACGACGCCUAUCCCAACGACGACGCUCUCUCCGCCAACAGUGCAGCUCCCAACCACGGCGCUCCUCCCAGCAAUGUCCCUCCUACCUCGCCUCCCGUCGCAGACGGCCCGAUCACUCCGAUCACCACGACCCUUGUCGACGUCCUCAGGUCGCAACCCAAGAGACAAGGCUCCUACUCCUCCCACGACCUGCCUGUCUACAAGAAGAAAGUCGCGAGCUCAGUCGAGCAACUCGAUGCUCACAGCCCGCAGGCUAUCAUCGAGAAGAUUCGAGCGGUCGUUAAGCGCCCGUGCUACCUUGAACGAGCGAGGCACGAGGAGCAGAAGAGGGCCGAUAUGAGGGAGCUGAUGGCGGGGCGUGACCCUGUUGCAGCUCGAGAGCGCGAAAACGAUCGUCAGGAGCAGCGGCGUCGUCGCGUGCGAGAGCGCGAGGCACAGGCAAGGGCCGAGAGGCGGAGCUUUGCUUGGAGGAGAUCUCUAGGCGAUCUGACAAUCCGGUUGUCCCCAUGGCAACUAUCUACCCGCCACAAUCGCAGCGAGUCGCGCGGCAUCGCCCCUCAGAUACAGGAGGCGACGACCAGCAGCACCGCAGCGCUCUCGUCCGGACCAGACGCAAGCGCCAACGCUUCAGAUCAAGAGCGCCCUCCCGUGAAUCGGUGCAAGUCAGCCUCCGUCGCCUCUAUUCAGCAGAAUCAGCAUCACACUUCCCAGAUCCCUACAACAACGACGGCUGCCGCCCUAAUCCAGGUGUCGGAGGAGACGGCUGCCAUUGCUGACAAUCGCUACAGUCGUGGCUCGAACUCCGAAAGAGACACCGAGAGCAUUGAUCCUCGCGAAAUCUCGACGAGUGGUGAGGUAUGGACAGACACGGACAGCAUCACCGGGCGGGAGGAGAGGAGACCACUGCUUGCACAUUCUUCAUCGGAGGAGGGAAGCGUGCCCUCUUCGGCGGCCAGAACUCCAGAGAUGGGCCCCAUCAGCUCAUCCUCGCCGCUCUCCGAGAUCUUGAGCAGCCAGUACUACCUCCCGACUGUGGCUGGCUCCACUUCCAUCCGUUCCACUGAGUCCAAUUCCAGCCAGUCUUACUCGCAAGGUCAUGUCCAAGCUCAAGCGAUCAUCUUGGAUCUCUCCCUUUCUGCGCACCCCAAAAUCGCCACGCCCGUGCUACCUGACCGACAGGCUCCAUUACUGCCUGAGUCCUUGUCUACAUCGACGAUGGCGAGCCUCGCAGAUGGGCAAACGAUGCUGCCCGCCAUUGCGAGCUUCCCGGCCCCACCCAACACGUUGCCUGCGCAGGGUCCGGAGAGGAUCAUCGUGACGGAGCCGUCCGAAAGAUCAGCGUUGGAUCAAAUGCUCGUAAGGAGUGGUUCUGGGGCUCAAGCGGUUGAAACAGAGGUCUGGGCGAGGGGGACGUCUGGGCCUGCAUCGUUCAUGAGGGAAGAGGAAGAAGGCGAGAGAGGAAGGGGCAGGAGGAGGGCACGAUUGCUGCAUGCACCGAUUUGAGCAGCAAGCAGCAUCCUCGGCAUGCUCACCGCUGCUUUCCGUCGGCCUUGCGGCCUGGGUUCUCCUGUCGCCAUACCAGUUUCUCCGACACAUUUCACUCCAUCCAUCCUGGCCUCGUCGUCUAUCGUCCUCUCGUCGAUGCUUCACUCGCUUUUUUGCUGCGGAAAAGGAGCUGUACCCCUCAUCCAGACAUCGAUGCAAAUGCAAUGCUUUCCUUGAUU